GAACGAAGAAUCAAAAGAGAGGGAAAAAAAAAAAAAAAGAAAGAACCUAAACUCUCAGAAUCUUUGCAACUAUUCCCAGCACAAACUCCAAAUUCACUAGACCUAUAUUAAUGAACUCAUCGUAUCCACAAAGCAAGAUUGUAUCCAAAAUUCUGACAAGCUCCAAUUCAUAACUUAAUGAUUCCUUCACUUUCACUAGUACUAGUUUUGGUUGGCUCCAUCGGAAAAAUCGAAGCCCAGACUGACUUUUCCUCACUUCUAAUUUUUUGUUAGUGGGGUUUGCAGGCGGAUUCUUCACGGCCCAGAAUAUUUUUAAGUUUCUUACCCAGCUUGCUUUCACAGUUUUUCUCUUCCCAUAUAAAUUAAGGCAUUCAUCCAUGUACAUAUUCAGGAAACCUGGUCCAAAAUUCGGCUGACGAAUUUCAAGAUUUUAAAAUGGUUCACAAAGUUUUUACCUGGCGUUAUGGGGGCGGGAGAGUUUUUCUUUGUGGUUCCUUUAAUGGGUGGACAGAGAGGAUACAGAUGAUUAAUGUGGAGGGUUGUGCUACUGUUUUUCAGAGGAUUUUGGAUCUUCAGCCGGGUUAUUAUCAGUAUAAGUACUUGGUUGAUGAUGUCUGGCGAGUUGAUGAGGAACAGCAUUGUGUUCAGGAUGGGUUUGGAAUGAUUAACAACGUGGCUUAUGUGGAGGAAACAGAAAUCUUAUGUCCUUCCUUUUCUGCUCAAUCUUUACAUCAGAAUCAAGAAUACUCAAGACUCAAAACAGGGUUUCCUGUUUCAUUGACUCUUGUAUGUGAUCUGCUGCUUGUUUGGUUGUUAACCAACCAGGGGACACCUUCUGGUGGCUCACUUCAUAAACCUGUAUUUCAAUUGCCAAUCAACGAGAUUGAUGUUUUGCGUUACCGUCUGUCACUGCAUUUGUCAUCAUCUACAGUAUAUGACUUGAUGCCUGACUCAGGCAAGGUUUUUGCUUUGGAUGUUGGAGCUGCAGUGAAGCAGGCAUUCCAUCUUAUGUAUGAAGAGGGUGUUGCAGUUCUUCCUCUGUGGGAUGAACAAAACACAAAGAUUGUGGGGAUGUUGACUGCCUCCGAUUUCAUAUCGAUUUUGUUGCAGCUUGACCGUAAUCGUGCUAUACUGACUGAUGAAGAAAUUGAAGAGCACACAAUUUCUGCUUGGAAAGAUAUAAAAUUUCGACAUCAUAGAGAAGUCAGUGGGACCUCACAGCCGCUUUGCCGAACGGCUUUAAUCCAAGCUGGUCCAGAUGAGUCGUUGAAAGAUGUGGCUUUGAGGAUUCUGCACAACAAGAUUUCUGCAGUUCCAAUUUUAAGUUCAAGUGAAGAUGGGUCUUGUCCUAACUUAUUAUUCAUAGCAUGCCUCUCCGGAAUACUAAAACAUAUAUGCAGGCAUCUUCGAAGACAUCUGGAGUUUCUGCCUCUACUGCAGCAACCAGUUGGUAAUCUGCCAUUAGGUACGUGGGCUAGAGAAAUUGGGAAGAGCGGUGAUCGUCUACUGCUAACAUUGCGAGCCAGUGAGCCACUUAGUUCAGCUCUUAAUUUAUUAAUCCAAGCACGUGUAAGUUCUGUACCUAUAGUUGAUGACAAUGGGAUUCUUGUAGAUGUGUACUGUAGGAGUGAUAUCACCUCCUUGGCAAACAGCAAUGGUUAUACUCGUAUUCAGCUUGAUCAGACAAUUAUAUCUCAAGCGCUGGAGAUUGCAGAUGUAACUAGCCAAAGUCGGUAUCAGACCUGUACUCGUUUUGAUUCCUUGUAUAGGGUGAUGGAGCUUCUCUCAGAUCAAGCUGUGCGGCGUGUUAUUGUCAUUGAGGCCAGCAGCCGACAAGUAGAAGGCAUAAUCACCUUAAGAGACAUUUUUAGUUACUUUUUAGCUUAAUUCUCUUGUAAAUUCUCUCUCGCAUGUAUCAAAAUUUUGCCUCCCGGCGAAAACAGUCUUGAUAGACAUGAUCUUACACUUCGGCCAAAUAUUUUUGUUGGCACUAAUUAAUGGGCAUGAUGCAAUAUUUACCUAAUUCUCGCGCUUUGUUUU